CUCGUCAUGGUCCCGAACAGCCUGAUUGGCACCAUCGCAAGCACCGAUGAAGACUGCAAGUCCGCUCUGGAGACAUCUCUCGUUCCACUGUACACUCAACUCGACACAUUUCGCAGCCAUCUGGAUGCUGUCAUAGGGCUGGUUGUCCAGAACGCUUCGGAAUGGCAGUUGGUUUUUAAAGGUGUGGCGAGGACAGGAGUUGGGUUAUACAACAUGUGGACUGCAGCAUCUUGGGACGACAACACGAUGGGUGUCAAUGGGAGUUGGCGGGAUGAAUCGCUGCAUGACGGCUGGAAAAGUGGAGAACUGAGCGUUAGGCGAGUGAACCUGUCCCUGUAUGGUUCCGAGGGGGACAGAGUUGACCUGAUAUUCAACGGUACCGGGACGGAUAUCCAUAGCUGGUUCACCCAAGAGCGCCUCAUCUCCAGCCCCUGGCAGGACUUGAACUCAUCAGCCACACCAAACUACUUCAGCAUUGAAGGGGAUAAGUCCAAAGAUCGGCAUUUCGUCAUUAAUAACAACUACGGUGGGUGUGGCGUCGAUAAAGGCUGGUUGGUCGUGACCAACUCCAAUAGCAGCAUCGAUUGCGCAUGGGAGCGACCGGCCACAGAGUACACCUACCCGAUCAUGUACAGCAGGCUGGAAAGUAAAGUACGGUGGCAUAGCGUGCUCGGUGCAGGGGAUGUUACAGUUGGACUCGCAGACUUUCUCACCAUCCAAAUCGAUACCUAGUGGUGUUGUACAAACCCGACCCGAAACCGACUUUGGGUCGGGUCGGGUCGGUUUGUCCAUCAUUUCAGUCGGGUUGGGUCGGUUUCUGUUUUGCGUUU